AUGACUGCUACACUUUUGCUUUGCUGCUUGUGCUUUGGCGGACAACGGUUGGCAGGGAUUGGGACAAUGAUUUUGUCCCUGCAACAUCCCACGGUGGUCCUAUUCAAGAAUUUUCUGUCCUUGAAGGAGACAGAACAGCUGGUGGAACGUGCAAGGCGCGGUAUGAGCAGGUCACAGAUCGUCGGGGUUGACAAGGACAGCUUGCUUGCGCAAGACCGCACAAGUUACGGUGCCUGGCUCUCUGGCCACGAGGCAUCAAGAGUCGAAAAGAGAAUACAAGAUGUCGUUGGCGUGCCGCGCGAGUUUGGCGAGAGCAUUUAUGUUCUUCGCUAUCAGGAAUCCCAGAAAUAUGUGCCACACUACGAUAAUUGCGGCAAACAGGGGGAAGCACUGAGCGAGAGGUGCUGGAGAUUUGUGUCGCGAGCCGGAGGCCCUCAGUGCGGAGAGGGCUUCGGAGGAGCGACCUGCGGCGACAGAUUGGCGACAUUCAUAAUGUAUCUUAGGUCACCCGAGAGGGGCGGCCAGACAGUGUUUCCGCUGGCACGUUCAAGAGGCGAUCAACAUGAAUCCACCAGCAUCCAGAACAAGAACAUGGACAAAGACAGCUGGUGGUGCUCCGGUGACGACAUUUUGAUGAUUUCACCAGAACCUGGUGAUGCCGUGUUGUUUUGGGACUACAUUCCAAAGCCGGGGGUCGAGGACCCUCACAUGUACAAGCGAAGGGGAAGCCUCAAGAACGGCACGAUGGACACAGAAGCAGUAGCGGACGAAGCCGCUUACCACGGCGGUUGCCCAGUAAUGGAAGGCGAAAAGUGGAUUGCAACCAAGUGGAUGAGGAGUGCGCAAUACUUUUAA